AUGGCCAUUAUCUUGAGGUUUGUGAAUAAUUAUGGGGUUUUGAUCGAAAGAUUUUUUACCAUCAAAAGUGUUAGCGAUACUACCUCAUUGAACCUGAAAAAAGAAAUAUCAAAUGUUCUUGUUCAUCAUGACCUACAAGUUAAGGAAAUCAUAGGCCAAGGAUAUGAUGGUGCUAGUAAUAUGCGUGGUGCAUGGAAUAAUGAAAUUGAGCAUAUGUUGGCAAUUGGAGAAUGUGAUUCUGGAAGUGGGGCAAAUCAGAUUGGUAAUUUGCAGCGAGCGGGAGCUAUUCGUUGGAGUUAUCACUAUGACUCAGUAAAAAGAUUGAUAGCAAUAGAUUUCAUCUUGAUGGAGUUAAAUACUCUAUUUAAUGAGUCGUCAAUGGAACUUCUUUCUCUUAGUUCCGCUUUAGAUCCUAAAAAUUCAUUUAAAUCAAUUAACAUUGAUGAUAUUUGCAAGCUUGCAAUGAAGUUUUAUCCUGAAGAUUUCACAAAUCAAGACAUCAUUGCUUUGAAGUAUGAAUUGGUACAUUAUAAACUGGAUGUGAUACAAAAUUUGAAGGCUUCGACACUUGUUGAGUUAUGUCAGCAAUUGACUGAAAGUGGACGGUCAAAGGUUUAUGUUAUGUUGACUAGAUUGAUUCAUCUACUUUUGACAUUACCUGUUUCUAUUGCCACUACUGAGCGAGCCUUUUCAACAAUGAAGAAUGUGAAGAUAGCACUUCGCAAUAAAAUGGAGGAUGAAUUUCUUGAAAAUUGUUUGACACUUUAUAUUGAACGAGAUUUAGCUAAGGAUAUAGAUGUAGAUUCUAUUAUAGAUGAAUUUUAUGUUUCAAAAUCUUAUAGAGCAUAA